CCCACACUCACUCUCAUACGAUUGCCGUCGCUGUCGCGUUGCGCUUUCUUCGUUUUUUUCGGUCUGCGCAAACUUAUAUUUUGUCGUUGUAAUAUUUUGCAUAAAUAUAUAAAUUAAACCGCGUGACGAAACAACAAACCAAUAAAGCAAGAAAAAAGGAAAAGCGAACAAAUCAAAACGAAAUCCACAUAACUUUCAAGUGCAAAUUGCGUGUUUGUGUGUGCGUGAGUGUUUUCUGUUUGUGCGACUGUGUGGUUUGCGUGUGCUUGUGUGUGAGAAACAGAACGUGCAACAAGAAGCAAGAAGAAGCAACAGCAGCUGACAGGCCAACAAAAUAAAAUAAAUUCCAAUAAUCGCGAGUUAAUCUGAGAUUCCUGUUAUCUAAAAAGUAAAAAGAAAAAAAGGAAAUCGUAUUUGCAAUGCAUCCAAGGUACAGCCCGGCACCGCCUCCUCAGCAGCAGCAACAGAUGGGCGGGCCACCCCACCAGCAGCAAGGUGGAGGGGGAGGCGGUAACAUGAGGGGACCGUCGAACACCCAGCAAUUGCCGCCGCAGAUUCCGCGAUCCCAAAACUAUUCAAACGGGAGCUCGUCUAGCGCCGCCGCCGCACCGCCAACACCGCGCAGCGCCUUCCCCGGCGCCCCGCUCACCGCCUCAGCCGUCGCACUCAAGGGCGCCCUCCCCCAGCGGCCCCCGGCCAUGACAAGUCCCGCAGCCGCUGCCGCAGGCGCCGCUCUGGCCGCCGGUGCUCCGUACCGCGGCGCCGCCAGCUGGACCCCGCAGGGCUAUGCCCCGGCCGCUGCCGCCGCCGCCGCUGCCGUUGCCCAGCAGGCAGCCUACCGCUAUACGGCGCCGCUGCCCCAGCCGGCGUACGCCGCCUACACGCCGCACACGGCCACCACACCGGCCACAACCACGGUAAGUUUUCUAAACCAACCUGUGGACUAUUAUUGGUACGGUCAGCGAGUGCCGACGGCAGCCUCACCGAGCAACACCAACUCGAGCAGCUCCUCGAACACGGGCUCCCAGAGCGGCACGCUGAGCACCAGCCUGAGCAACACGACGAACACCAACACGAACAUGGGUCCCAACGGCACGGUACAGAAUCAAAACCAACAGGGCGGCGAGCAGUUGUCCAAGACAAAUCUCUACAUUCGCGGACUGCAGCAGGGCACAACCGACAAGGAUCUAGUUAAUAUGUGUGCACAAUACGGAACAAUUAUAUCAACCAAGGCUAUUUUAGAUAAAACAACAAACAAAUGUAAAGGUUACGGCUUCGUCGACUUCGAGCAGCCAGCCUUCGCCGAGUGCGCCGUAAAAGGAUUGCAGGGGAAGGGCGUGCAAGCUCAGAUGGCCAAAGUGGGUAUCUGGGUGCUUCAUAGGCCGGCCAUUCAACAGGAACAGGAUCCCACAAAUUUGUAUAUUGCAAAUUUGCCGCCCCACUUCAAAGAAACUGAUCUGGAGGCAAUGCUAUCGAAAUAUGGACAAGUUGUUUCGACCAGAAUAUUGCGUGAUCAGCAGAUGAACUCCAAGGGCGUUGGCUUUGCCCGUAUGGAGAGUCGCGAGAAGUGCGAGCAAAUCAUUCAGAUGUUUAAUGGUAACACAAUACCGGGUGCCAAAGAUCCCCUGCUGGUGAAGUUCGCCGAUGGCGGACCCAAAAAGAAGAAUCUCUUCAAGACGCCCGAUCCGAAUGCGCGUGCGUGGCGCGACGUCUCCGCGGAGGGGAUUCCCGUGGCCUACGACCCCACUAUGCAGCAGAACGGCGUCAGCGUGAACGUCGGCACGCCCAUCGGAGUGCCCUACUCCCGCUUCAGCGCCCCCCAGGUGGGUGGCUAUCCAGUGGCCGGCUCCCAAUGGAUACCCGGUUACAUGAUGACCCAGCCGAUCACUCAGGUAGAUGAUCAGCCCUACUACUCCCCACAGUACAUGCAAAUGGCGGCCGCCCCUCAACUAGGAGUGACCUCGUACAAACCAGAGGCGGUGAACCAGGUGCAGCCACGUGGCAUCUCGAUGAUGGUCAGCGGCGAUACGGGCGUGCCAUAUGGAACGAUGAUGCCUCAGUUGGCCACCCUGCAGAUUGGCAACUCUAACUUUUCUCCAUCGUUACAGUACAUUAGUCCAACUUAUCCAUAUUAUGCACCACCACCAACUAUUAUACCAACAAUGCCAAUGACAGAUUCCGAACAGGCUAGCACAGCUGCAUCACCCGACGAGGCAUACACACAGUAUCCACAUCAAGCCGCUCCUAAAUAGGUCUUCGCGAGCUAUAAUAUACUAGUACCCCAUUUGAGUACUAUAUAAAUUGGACGAGAGUGAGAGCAAGCCUGGUGUACGCGGAAAAGCCAAGGACGAAGGAAAAUCAAGAGGAGAAACAUCAAAAGCAUCGGAUCGGAUAAAGGAGUAGACAACCACCACAUGAACAACAACUAAAUGAAACAGCUAAAACAUCAACAUUGGCAGUAGAACCAGAAACACAGCAUGCAGUUUACGAAAAUAAAUCUUGAGUUUUCUCACCCCAUAAAAAAGGGGAGAUCCCAGAGCUGAGGCAGAGAAAAUAAUGUAUAAAAAUAAGGAGGUUGGAUGUGAGGAUGCAGUUUAGGGGAUACAUGAAUAAAUGUAAGCGAUGCGAAAAUGAAAGCCGGUCUCCGAAGAGACGAGCGCAGAAGACGCGAGUAAAAAGUGAAGAAAAGCAAAGACUAAACUUAAAUAAUAGAGAAUAGUUAUACACUAAAUAAACAACCAGAGAAGCAACAGCAGAACGGCAAAAAUUGCCAAACAACAGCGGCAAACGAGAGAAGAGCAGUCGAAAAUAUUUACAAAAAGAGAACUGCAGAAGAGAAAGUAAAGUCAAAGGAAACUCACUUGGGGGUCGAAAGCACUUGAGGAAAUCUGCCGAGAAAAAAACCAUCGCAGAUUAAAGUUAAGUUAAUUUUGUUAAGCGCAAGAGGAAAAACAAUUGCAUGGGGGUAACUGAGGAAGAGCGAUGUAAAAAUAGAAGAGAAAAUAAAAAAACUAUUUUGCUAAUGUUGAGCUAGCAAAACCUAAGCAGACAGAAAUUUGUGAAGUGAAAGAUGAAAAAAAAACCGAAACAGAAACAAAAACAAAAAUAAAUGUGUGUGCAAUGUAUGUUAAAGAACCGUAAAGAAAAACAGAGCAAAUAAAAACGAAACAAAACCCAUUUCGAUGAUGAUAUAAACAAAGCAUAACUCUUAAGUCAAACUGCAGCGGCAACAAAGAAACCCCCUGAAGAACGAAGAAAGCGCAAGAAUGCGCGAAAGAAAGCAAAACUUUUUUACCAUAGCGGCAACGUUUUCUUUGUUGUGGCCUGCUAAAGAAGAUUUUUACGAUGAAACUCAGACUCUACCUUUGUUUUGUUCUGUUUGUCUAAUUUGUAAUAUUUAUUUUGUAUUUUUGUUGAAUCGUGUUGACCAGCACAAAGAACGGAAGCAGAGGAAAGCGUAGAUAGCCACAAAAAGUAAGGAGAUAUUUGGUUUGUUUUCUCCUUGUGUUGGUUUCUUAAACCAAAAAAAUGCAAAUUGUAUAAAGCAAAGAUCCGAAAGCAAAAAACAAAAGCGAAAAAGUAAUGUCUAUUUCCCCUUUUUGACAUUCGUUUUGUGCUAUCCAAGCAGUCAAAAAGAAAAAGAUAAAUUAAAACAAAAGAAAUGAGAAGAAAAAGCCUUUGAAGUGGGCAAAAACCUAGUAUUAAGUCUUAGCAAAACAAAAAUAAGAAAAUUGCAGUAAGCAAAAACAGAUUUAGUAGUUCUAGAGAUCUAAAAGAAAGCAGAAGGCGGAAGAAUAAGCAAAAGCUUGGGAUGACCGAGUGAAGAUGGGAAAUCUUGUACUAGUUUUUAGCAUAUUUUUUGUGCUCAUCAGUCGAUUUAAUGAAUGAAUUUUUUGUAGCUGUCUACAGUUUUUUACGUUAACUGUUUUUUAGACAUAUUAAUGAAGAAAGAAAAACAAACAAAAAACAACCUAGAUAUAGUAUAUUUUUUCUGCAUAUGACAAGUUGUUGAAGAGCAGAAAGUGAGGCAGGAAAAGAAUGCAGUUUGAUUAGCAUGGAAACCAAGAGGCAAACACUUUUUAAAAGGGAAUAGCGAAACAAACCGAGACAACACACAAAAGUAGCAAAACACAGAACAAGAAAAAUAAAAUUUGAAACUGUAGAAUUGUAGUUUAGCUUUGUGAAGCCGGCGGAGGAAGUACGAUUUUUUGAAGGAUCAGCAAGGAUCGAAAGGAACAACAGCAGCAGCAACAACAACUGGCACAGGCAGUAGCAGAAAUGUAAAACAAAAAACCAAGAAAAUUAAUGUUAAAUGGAAAAAAAAAAACAAAAUGAAGAAGUAAGAAAGAAGAGAACUACGUUUAGUGAACUUAGUUAUUAAGCGAAGAUUUCUUUAGUCUUGUAAGAGUCUCUUAAGUAGAGUUGAAGAACGGAGGUCGGAGUUUAGAAUUGAAAUUUUACCUUUUUCAAAGCCUAGCAUAUUUAUUUUUCCGAGACACACACACACUUUCACACACACACACGCACACACUGACACAUAGACACCAACACGGACACACCUAACAAGCCUAAGCAUUGUAUUUGUGAUUUUUUCGAAUGUUAAUUGAUUAACAAAACACGAUGAGCAAAAUAAGAGAAACAAGGGAAACAUCAAGUGGGCGAUGUGAGUGGAAGAAAGUGUGGCGAAGAGAGAAAAUUUUCAGAAUCUCCUUUUGAGCAAGGACACCCUCACACCACAAAUAACAUUCCUGAGCAAAGUCUUUGAUUUGAUUUUGAUAUAUAUAUGUAUGCGUUGAUACGAUUUAAUUUUCGAGUUUAGAGUUGACGAGUCGCCUAACUGAACUAACUACAUAUAUAUUUAUUAUAUAUAUACAUAUAUAAAAACAUAAGAAACACAACGCCAAAAGUCUUCCUAAGCCUAAAACCAAAACAACAACAAAAUGCAAAUUUUUUUUUUGUCAUAUUACGAUUAUUUGCUUUAGACUGACUACGAACUGAAACUGUAACAAUAACAACAUACGCAGGAUGUAAACCCCCCAAAAAUAAAAACACAUACACCUAGACUCACCUCGUAAAGUUUAUGCAGGCAUCGGAAAAAUAUAUAUUUUGCCAAAACAUUCCAAAAGCGAAAAAAGAAAAGCGAAAUUGUUAAAUGAAAAAUUUGUACGAGAUGCCUGCAUUUGUUGUCCUAUACAAGAAGAAUCACAAAUACAAGAACCAGUCAUUGGGAGGAUUUUUUUUAGAAAGAUUUUCAAUCCUGUUUUCCUCGAUACAAUUACAAACACACGCCCACGCACACGUAUACACCCCCCAAACUCACACAAAGUGCAAUUUUCUUUCUGUAGUUUUCAUUGAUUUUACUUUGUUAGCAGCAAAAACAACUUAAGCAAAUUGAGAAAGCAUUAAACUAAGUUAUUUAUAAAUCGGCGGAAGAAACGAUGAGCUGGGGGCGUGUCUUUCCGCCCCCUCCCUAGGAAAGUGAAAAUGAAAUUUAUGUCUUAGAGAACGAGAAUGAAAUCGAGUCGAUGCAGGAGAAGAACCUAGUAUGUAAGAUCAAAGCCUAGUGCGUAAGUUUAGAGAAUCUAAGUACAGUGUUGACAAGCAAAGAUGAACGCAGAAGCCGAAACGAGUAGCGUAGAGCGAGGCAAGAAAUGUAGCAAGAAAGACGGAGACGAGUAGGACAUAUGAUUUCUAGUUGGUAGCGAAAGGAGAAUGAAUAGUUGGUUAGUUGGAGUGCAACACAUGUAGCAAGUUGUAGUUUUUGUGUAGUUAGAGCGACAGUGUUGGAAAACGCCACGUCGCACAGUUGGAGGUUAGGUUUAAUUUAAAAAAAGGAUAAAAGCAAGGACGUUAGAGAGGGUAAACAAAAAAAUCAACCGACGAGGAAUGUUCUAAUCUAAAGCUAUACUGACUUUUUGUGUGUGUAUUUAAAUCUACUUUGACAAGAAACCAAACUUGGAACUCGUUUGUUUUGCGUCUGUAUUUUGUUUUAAUUUAAUGCGUUUUACUUUAGUUUUUUAACUAAUUUUAAGUAGUUAAUUUAUUAUUUGUCUUAAAAUCGCCGAGACCCCAAUCAAGAUUCAAGAUUGCUUGGGUUUCUCGCCCCUGAUUGAAGUUCUCUCGCAAGAGGACCGAAUCGAUUAAAUUUGAUGCAAGUGUUGAAGUAAUUUUUAAAAUGCAAACAAAAAAAUGUCUAGUGCGUAAAUUUGAAAACUAAAAACAACAAAAAUUUCAAUAAAAACUAAAAAAAAAAACAAAAAAUAAAUAAAUAUUUUUGGUUUGAGUGUGUUUUCCUUCGUUUAGUUUUGCGUUUCCUUCAAUGUGAUUUCUUAGUAGGAUAAUGUUUGCUAUAUAAAUUACCAGUAAGCUUACUCACCCCACACCAAAUAGUUUCCAAUAACGAAUUCCUAAAUUAAUUGAACCCCCACUAAAUUGAAUUGUGUUUUAAACAGGAGGCAAACUUAGUCGUCUUAGUCGUUGUUUAGGGGCGGGCAUAGCAGAGCGUGUGAGGCGAGCGGGAGAAAUAAAUAAACAUUUUUUAAUUAAGCCAAUUUAAGGAAAUGAUGAAUAUAUAUUUUUUUGAAACUUUUUUGACGAAACCAAGAAUAUAAACAAAACAAACAAAAAACCAAAAACAAAAUGAAAACACAUAAAAGUGAGAGCGGAGCCGGAAGAACGAACGCUAGCAAAUCGAUGGGACAGGCAGGAUGGAAAGAAAAUAAGCUCAUUAAAUUUAAAAAAUAAAUAAGACAGUUUCGGAAUGAAGAAUGGAUGAAUAGUUGGAGAGUAAGGGAAAGGAACAAAACACGACGACAAAGGCGUAAACUAACUCUAAGUAAGCGUAAAAUGCAAGCUGCUAAUUAAACUUAGAAACAGAAAUACUUAAAUGAGAGUAAUGUACAUUUCGCUUGUUGCUAUUUUUAAGUUUUAAAUCAAAGUCUUUUAAAGAACUUUAUUCAUUUUCUUAUUAACAAUGAUAAAAACCUAAAAACCACAAAAAAAUCAAGCAAAGCAAAUGCGCAAACUGGUAAUAUUGAAUCAGAAAAAAAAACUACAUCUCUCUUUGUAAUCCUCCAGAAAAAUAAAACUGAAGGAAAGAUCGAUCGAAAGCAUGAGGAAUCCUUUUCAACUCUCUGUGUAUUUUUUAAAGUAUUAUUUUUUGCAUCAAUGUGACGCUUUUAAGCAUUUUUAUAUGGCGAAAGAAUUGUAUUUAAAUCUCUAGUAAAAGCUAAAAAGAACACGAAAAAAAAAACUAAAACUGACAAAGGACAAGAAAAAUGCGAAAAAGCGAAAUCUUUGCUAUAACUUUCAAAUUUAUACGCGUACUUUUUGUGCCCUCAACUUUAAUGCAAAAGAUCAUUCAUGAAGAAAACUGAAUUGGAGAUCAAGAGAUAAAAGUUAAAAACCCAAAAUAAAAAAGAAGGAAAAAAGUUUAAAAUGAAAAAUUAGUUUAAGCAAAACAUUUUGCAGCUUUUGUGCUUAUUUCGCUUAAGACUAGUUGAACAAGAAAACAAAAAAACAGAAAGUAAAUGAAGAAAAAAAAUUAAAUAUAAUUGUAAGUAAAAAAGAAAAGAGAAUAGAUCAGUAUAGAACAGAACCGAAAGCGAGAGAAUCAAGCAAGAAGCUAAGCGAGGGCAGGGAGAAAAAUCCUGAGCCCGACUUAAAGCGACGGAAAGCAUUAAACCGAACAUAGCAAAAGAUUUAACUGUGGACGUUGAACGAGUUGAAGAACACACAAAAGCAAAACAUGAAAAAACGUAACGUCUCUUUGGUAAGAAAAAGGAAAACCUAAAGAGCAAAUGCUGUCAUCCAAAAACCCAAAAAAAAAUGAAACUGAACUUUUUCUGAAUCAAUAAAAGACAAAUUGAUUUUCUGUAAGAAAACAAAA